AAGGUUCAGGUUCAAUUCCUUCAUUUUCAUCUUCAGCGACUUCAUUAUUUUGUGAAGGACAUACUGUUUCAAUAAUUUCUGCAUCAGAAAACUCUUUAGAAACUUUGUUACCAAUGUUUACAAAUUCCAUUGCUGAAAUGACUGCAGGCCUUUGGUUGAGAGACCUGGAUGCAUUGGAGGCUGCAUGGAAUGAAUGUUUAAUAAGACAUAGCUCAACAGAUAAUGAUGAUGAUCAUCAUCAACAACCACAUAAUAACAAGGAAGAACCUGAUAGGAGGAAAAGGAGGAGAAACAAUGGUGGUGGAGCAACAUAUGCCUAA